AUGGACUCUAUUUCCAAUUUUCCGUUUAACAACCUUCCAACUGAACUUGCCUGCCGCAUCCUCAGAGAUUCUGCACAAGCUACCUUUGAUCAGACUGACAGAUAUCAGGUCAAAAGUCCAUACUCCUCCGCACGCACACUUUGUCUCGUCUCCAAAGAUGUCAGGCGCAUUGUGCUUCCCGAACUCCUACACACCAUCUUGCUGCCGAAAUCAGAAAACCUAAACAGGUUUAUCCAAAAACAAAACGACCUCCGUUUGGAACGCGGGGAGGAACAAAUACCAAACGACCUCUAUUUCCAGUAUGCGCCUCACAUACACAAGAUAUGGAUUGGGUGCAUCCACGACAAGAUCGUACCCAAUCCCUUGCUCCAAUCAGACUAUACAUCGGCGCGCAAGCUGACCAUCAACGUCCUGACUCCAGUGCUGCUCGCUGCGCCGUCCAUUGCCCUUGGUUCGACAAGUCUGAAGCUUUUUUCAGAAUGCCUGGAACACGCAUGGAAGUCCCGUGCAGACACAAAUGCCAACGACGAACAUUCCCCGCCUCCUUGGAAGACACAAGCUCUGACGCUGUCGGGUGAGACAGUCGCCAACGGCCCAUGGGAGCUCCUCACGAACACCCCUCAAGGAUCCGCUUUCUUUUCCUCGAUCUCUCACCUCGCCUAUGGGUCCCACACGACCACAUUCAACUACAGUUUUUUUGUAGCCAUGUCUCAUGGCAGAUCUCGAGACUACGACCUACCUCUGUGGAUGAAGAGCAUUCUAUGGCCUUCUUUCAAGAACCUUCAAACUUUCUCAAUGGCCUACCCACAUAUCAAACCCCCUUUCGAUAUCUAUGACUUCAAUCAGUUCAGAGAGGGAAGAAAGGGAAGAAGCUUUCACGUGGAGCUGUUGACGUUAUCUGCAGCCAUGCUGACGCGCGGCCGCGAUGAUGCCCGUGAUUGGAGGAUAAGUGCGUUUGCUGAGAUUGGUCCAGGAGAGGAAUGUAUUCGAACGGAAGAAGUUCGUUUGAAGGUGUCCCAUUUUCCCAUAGAAUUUUGGUAUGAUUUUUAUGAUUGGGAAAAAAUAUGGGCCUGCGGGUUAUGCGGCUGACGAGGGGUGUUAUGAAGCAGAUGGGGGAUACCAAGAUAUGAAUUGUGUUAU